AUGACCGCAGCGGCAGCCACUCAUGACGCGGAAACGUUAGCGACGACCACAGGCAAGGCGAGAGCAGCGCCCGAGAGCGGUGGCCCAGCGAAGAAGCCGCGCAAGGCGACGACGGUGACGGCCAGCACGCCCGAGCGAAGAAGUUCAAAGACGUCCGCACACCAAGCACCCGGCAAACGCUGCGCAAUGCAAGAGCAGUUUACUGAGGAUGCGUCGGCAUCAGCAGCCAAGACGGAUAUUGGCGGCCGUGAAGGGAAGACGAUCAAGCGCUACAACGCACUGAACAAGCGCCUCCUCGCAUGGCUCCAAGAGCGUCAUGCAGCGCUCGUGCUCAACAACAGCGUCGUCUUGCCGCUCCCAGCAUGCGUCGCCACAAGCUACUUGGCCUUCAUUUCCAUCAAGUGCGACAAGCGCGGGAUGCCGCUCGAGCCCCGCCAAACAACAUCAGCCUCGCACGUGGGCAAUGCGUCAAGUGCUCUAGUCUACCUCCACAAGGAAGCCAAGGUCGAGAUACCGCCAGAGCUUUGCGCCGCCCUCAAAGCGUUUACCAAAAACUACGCUUCACACACCAACCGCGAAGACGGCACCGUGGUCACGCAGGAAGAGCCAGGGUCCUUGUUGAACGGUGUGCAGCAAUCCGCCCAAGCGACGACGAAGGCACACGACCACAUGACGGCGCGCUGCCUUCUCACGAUGGCUGCCGAGAGCAGCUCCGAUCCAGAGUUUGCCACGUCAGAGCCAAGUGUGCCGACGUUUUCGUGGGGCGGGCGGUCCCACCCGGUGCCAGCCGAUUUCGUGCUGCCACCCUGCACGGUGCACCGCCUUUGGUGCAUGUGGUAUGAAGGGAUUCCGGCGAGUGGCAUCGGCCCCUUGCGGAAGCUGCGCUCGUUCGACCUGACGAAACUUAGCGACCGGAGCAAGCUCUCCAAAGCCCGCAAGGUGAUCGAAACGGUGGUGUUGGCGGCAGGACAUUCGCACGAAACCAACGUCGCGUCCAUGGCACCAAAAGCGCGCGCGGCGGUGUUCAAGCUCGGAUUUCGGCGAACGGCCACAAAUCUCAGGAAGCGACUCGUGCCCCGCUUUGAAUGGGGCGCCCGCCGCAUCGAUGAGAUGCGCUACGUUACGUUUUACGACCUUGUGUUGAAGAGCAAGUCGACACCGUGA